UCUCUAUGCCUCACAACUUGUCAUUCUUAGGACGUUACUAAUAAUUUAUCCUCUCUCUCUCUCUCUCUCUCUCUCUCUCUCUCUCUCUCUCUCAUCUUUUUCCACUACUAAUUAUAAAUUACCCUCAAAUAUCCAAUGAACCCCACCAAAAAAAUCAAGUUUCUCUUUCACCCCUAAUAACACAGUUCAUAAAACUUGUCAAUACCUCAAAAACCAACCGAUAAAAAAUAAUAGGAAACCUAAUUUAGUCUAUUCGUUUUCUUCAAUAUGAUGUUGCUUAUUGUGAUGCCACUACUGUUUUGCUCCAUCUUGGCUGUCGAAGCCGGUAACUUCUACCAAGACUUUGACAUCUCAUGGGGAGAUAACCGCGGUAAAAUUCUCAACAAUGGAGAGCUUCUCACUCUAUCACUUGACAGAACUUCUGGCUCGGGAUUUCAAUCCAAGAAUGAGUAUAUGUAUGGCAAAAUAGAUAUGCAGAUCAAGCUUGUUCCUGGCAAUUCUGCUGGAACUGUCACUGCAUACUACUUAUCUUCAGAAGGGCCAACGUGGGACGAAAUAGACUUUGAGUUCUUGGGGAAUUUGAGUGGUGAUCCGUAUACCAUUCACACUAAUGUGUACACGCAAGGCAAAGGUGAUAGAGAACAACAGUUCCAUCUUUGGUUUGAUCCAGCAUCAGAUUUUCACACUUACUCUAUCCUUUGGAAUCCACAACGUAUAAUAUUUUAUGUGGAUGGAACUCCCAUAAGAGAGUUCAAGAACAUGGAAUCCAUAGGAAUACCUUUCCCGAAAACACAACCAAUGAGAAUAUACUCAAGCCUUUGGAACGCAGACGAUUGGGCAACAAGAGGUGGUUUGGUGAAAACCGACUGGUCAAAUGCGCCAUUCACUGCCUCUUACAGAAACUUCGACGCCAAGACCUCUUGCGUGUGGAGUGCUGGGAAGUCUUCUUGUGGGUCUUCUGAUUCCAAUUCAAAAGACAGGGCUUGGCUGACGGAGGAUCUUGACGCCACGAGCCAAGAGAGGCUCAGGUGGGUGCAGAGGAAUUUCAUGAUUUAUGACUACUGCACUGACUCAAACCGCUUCCCUCAGGGCUUUCCUCGAGAAUGCAACGUAGCGACAAAACUGUAGAUCAUGUGUUGCGUGUAUGUAAUAUUUUAUGUGUGUAUAUAUGUGACACAUGUAUUAUUAUAUAUAUAUAUAUGUAUUGUAUACAUAUAUGAACGCGUAUAACUUGUGUAUCCACAAUAAUUUGUUCUGUGUAUAUCUUCAUAAUGCCAUACGAACUAUAUUAUAUAGUAUUA